AUGCAGGUAUCAUAUGACGGCGGCAAGCUUUUGAGGCUGCCAAAGGAGGUUCAUUUUGUCACGCCAGAAUUUGUGAGCGAAUGCCUCGCGCAUGGUCAACUGCAGCCCGAGAGGGAGUUUUUGAUAGACAUAGUGCGCAUGGCUGUUCUGGCCACUGGACAACAGGCUGCGCGCAACAGCGACAGCAGGCAUGGAGGGGAUCUGAGGGAGCCCAGCCGGGUACAUGCGGAACAUCAUGGCGGUGGCGAAAUGUCGCAGGAUGUGUGGGAGCAGUGGCAGAGGGCUGGGUUUGUGCCUGCACCUGCAGCGACCCUGAAUAGCAAGCAUGGCAGCAAGACACGUGAUGCUGCCCCGACCAGUUAUCCUACAAGCAAAGAUGUGGAUGUCACAGAGAGAGAUCAGGGGGCAUCUGACGUCAGCAAGCCCUCCUUGAACAGCAAGGUCAUCGCAGAGUCUCCUGGUGGACUGGUGCCCCAUAUGGACACUUCCUCCACAGUCACAGAGCGGGGAUCAUGUGGAGUGUGGGAUGUGGCCUAUGACAAGAGUGCAGCAGAGGAGACUGUCAGGAAGCUGGGCCUGCACUGGCACCGACAGGAGGUGGAAAGUGUCAAGCAUGCUGCAGCUGACGGCAGUGGGGACCGCUCUUCAGGACCUGGGACUACUGUGAACGGUGGGAUUCCAGGGCAUAAUGGAAGCCAGGAAUUGGCAUCCUUUGCGCUGAACAAUUCCUGUGCCCACACGGCAUGCUCGGCAAAGGCCAUUCAGCGCGCAAUCAAGGCAGUGGUGGAGUCGACCAGUGCUCUGGUGACAGCAGAUGACUGUGAGAAGCUAGGCAUCGGAGAGAAGUCCAUCGAGAAACUGCAGGAAAUUUUCAUGGAGGUGUGGGGCACUGGUGAAGCCACUGCAGAGCGCUGGUACCGGGAUGGCUGCCGCUCACUGGAGGAUGUGCAAGGCCGCUCUGACUUGAGCAUGCAGCAGAGGACGGGCAUGAAGUACUUUGAGGACUUCAAGCAGCGCAUCCCUCGGUCCGAGGUUGCUGCCAUGGGCGCCACCGUGUGCGAUGCGGCUGAGGAAGUGCUUGACUGUUCCAAUUUGCCAGAUGGCGACCUGCUGUUCUGCAGCGUUUUGGGAAGCUACACGCGAGGCAAGCCGUUGACAGGCGAUGUGGACAUGCUCAUUGCACCUCCUCCUAGCUGCGGCGAGAUUGACAGCAGGCAGGCACUGCAUGCCAUCUGCAAGUGUCUCCAGAAGCGGGGCCUCCUCCUGGACGACAUGGCAAGCACUGCCCCUGCUGCCAGGGGGGAUGGUGCCGCUACCUUCAUGGGUGUGGCUCGCCACGCAACAUCCCCCUGCGCCCGGCGCGUGGACAUCAAAUUCUAUCCCCGCAGGGUCCUGCCCUUUGCCAUUAUGCACUUCACAGGCAGCGGCGCCUUCUCAAGAGCGCUGCGAUACUGGGCACGGUCGCGCGCCAAUGAGGCACGAAGGUUUCAGCCGAGUGCGAAUGGCUUCAAGCUAAGCGACUACGCAUUAGUGCCCAUCCAAAGCAAGGAGCCUACCCGGCAGGCGUCCAAUUACCACAAUGCUGAAAAUGUGGCGGAGGCAAGAAAGUUCAAGGAUUUCUGGAGGGCGAACCUGGGGCACGCAGCAGCGGCCGUGACAUCUUUCGUGAACGUGAACGUCAUCAACGUGUCCGGGAUGGCAGAGUGUCUGCGGCUUUUGGAGAGCCUGCGUGGCAGCGAGCACCCGUACGAAGACAUGGCGCACCUGAUCAGCGAGCAGCUGCGCGCCGAUGUGUACGUGGCGCGCGUGGAGGUUGAGCGGCUGUUCACAGCCGAGCGCUACCGGCUGCACGCAGCCACUAGGAGGGAGCCUUUCGCCCCUCAGCAGCUGCAGCAGAGGCAGCACAGUCAGGAGCAGCGCACAGCAGGAGCUCAGCGGAGCACAAGGGAGCAGAAGAACUACCGGCCGCAAGACUACCCGCCGCCAGACUACCGCCCGCAAGACUACCCGCCGCCAGACUACCGGCCGCUAGACUACCGGCCGCUCUCCGUAGCAGGGGAUCAUACCCUACGGAUCCAGCUAGACCCUGCGGAUCGCGCUAGACCCUAG